AUGGAUCCGUUAAUCCGUGAAAACAAAGUGCACGCACGUUUAAUAAGUAAUGCACUCAGCAAUUUUAAAAAACUGGGGAAGGCUAAUCACACCCCUGCUGUGAUUCGCGGACGUCUCUCUUUGCUGAAGGACUACUGGAACAAAUUCCAAGCCACGCACAUCCAGAUUGAGGUUGCUGCAACUGAGGAGGAGACCAGGACAAAUUCCUACUUCUCCGAGGACAUCUUCGGCAAUACGGAAGCGGCCUUCCUCUCUGCCCUCGACGCUCUGACGGCAGCUUUACCUGCGGACAACGAAGCAGCAAGUAACCCUUGUAACAUAAGCUCCGUUUCUUGUCAUCGCGAAUCCGCGCCGUCUGUCAAACUCCCACGCAUUGAAUUGCCUAAAUUCUCCGCGGAUUAUACAGAGUGGGAAAACUUUAGAGAUCUCUUUCACGCGUUAGUGGGUUCAAAUGAGUCGUUGUCCGACGUGCAAAAGUUGCACUAUUUAAAAGCAAGUUUGACCGGUGCAGCGUCUCUUUUGUUAAAAAAUGUUUCCACUUCCGCGGCGAAUUACGAAGCUGCGUGGAGGUUGUUGACAGACAGAUACGCGAACGAACGCGCGCUCAUAAAUGCUCAUUUAAAAAUGUUAUUCGACUCACCCCCGAUCGGAUCUGCCGUUUUAAACGAUCUAAGAAGCUUACGUGAUAGAUCUCGCGCCGCUUUAACGGCAUUAAAGAAUUUAUCGCGUCCGGUCGAAUACUGGGACGAUGUGCUCAUUUUUCAUUUUGUCCGUAAGCUGGAUAAAGAGUCCCAUCGGGAGUGGGAGAUGCGUAUGGGCGAAGACGAGUUGUAUCCAUCCCUCGCUGAUUGGGAUGCGUUUAUAAAUGUACGUAUUCGCACCUUAGAAUCGUUGGCGUCUUCGCGCGGUGAAGAAAACAGCUCCUGUAAAGAUUAUUACGGCGCGAUUCUACUCGAAGGGCUUCGUAAAGGCUCUCGAACCGAACCGGUCGCGCAAAAUACGAUUUUUGGAUGGGUGUUGACUGGUCCCAUUCCGUCUACUGAUUCCCAAGCAGUGCAAGUGCAUGUGCACUACGGCGACGGUAACGCCGAAAUUAACGACACUUUAAAAAAGUUUUGGGAGGUAGAAGCGCCUCCGCUCGUUACUUUUCUCUCCGAAGCAGAUAAAAAAUGCGAGGAGCAUUUUCGCAGCACUCACUCGCGUCAACCAGAUGGUAGAUACACGGCGAGAUUGCCCUUCAAAUCAGAACCGCCCAUUGAUAUCGGGUCUUCUAGAAAUUUCGCGGUCGCUUAUUUUUACAAAUUAGAGAAACGACUUGCCCGUGAUCCGGAACAAGCCUCUGCGUACCACGCGUUUCUCGAAGAGUAUUUGAAGUUGGGAAACAUGCGGGAGGUCAGUGAAUCAGAAACGACUUCCAAGCAAACCGUGUAUCUUUCACAUCACCCGGUCAUUCGGCAAGAGAGUAGCACGACGCGCUUGAGAGUGGUUUUCAACGCCUCUAUGCCUACGUCAAACGGGUCUACAUUAAAUGAUCAUUUACUGGUCGGGCCUAAAUUGCAAGCCGAUAUUACGGCAAUUAUUUUGCGCUGGCGUACGCAUCGGUUUGUUUUCGCGGCCGAUAUCGCGAAAAUGUUUCGUCAGAUUUGGAUCGAUGCUCGGGACACCGCGUAUCAAAGGAUCGUCUGGCGACCGAACUCAGAUGAAGCGCUCAAAACUUACGAGUUACUUACCGUCACUUAUGGUACGGCGCCAGCUCCCUUUCUCGCUAAUCGCGUAAUUAAGCAGCUCGCUUUGGACGAAGGAACUAAUUUCCCGUUGGCUGUCCCAAUCUUAAAUGACUGCAUUUACGUGGACGAUGCACUUUUCGGGGCGGAUGAUCGCGUACUGGCGCUCCAAUUACGUCAGCAGGUGACGGAACUGCUGCAAAACGGGGGUUUCCAUUUAAGAAAAUGGGCAAGUAAUUGUCCACAACUAUUAACAGGCAUUCCUGAUGAUGAACACGAGCUGGCCGCUAGCCGCUCAUUUCAGGAUUCUGAAGGGUUAAAAAUGCUUGGCCUUCUUUGGCAACCUAACACGGACGAAUUCCGGUUUAAAUUAAAAAUCGAUCUCGCGAAUACGGCUAAUCCGACUAAGCGAGUCAUUCUAUCUACCGUAGCGAAAAUUUUCGAUCCAUUGGGUUGGAUCGCUCCAGUUGUAAUCGUAGCCAAGAUUUUUAUUCAAAAGCUAUGGGUGGCCAAGCUUGAUUGGGACGACCCGUUACCACUGGAGUUGACCAAACAAUGGCGCGAAUAUGCAACGGAAUUUAACGCAUUACCGAACGUUUUCAUACCGCGAUGGGUCGGGAUCGGUAAUGAUUCCCUGCAUUACGAAAUUCACGGCUUUGCAGAUGCCUCUCAAGACGCGUAUGCAGCCGUAAUUUAUUUACGCGUAACCAACGUCGCGAAUGAGACCACGGUACAUAUAUUGCUUUCUAAGACUAAAGUAGCUCCAUUGAAGCCACUCACAAUUCCGCGUCUCGAGCUAUGCGCUUGCCUAAUAAUGACGCGUUUGAUCGAACACGUGCAAGUUACAUUAAAACUUAAUAAUUGCACGGUGUACUGCUGGACCGAUUCCACAGUAUCACUCGCGUGGAUAAAUAAGCAACCGAGCGAACUAAAAACAUUUACUGCGCAUCGGGUCGCAGAAAUUCAAAAUCGCGUGCCUAACGCUAUUUGGCGACACGUACCUUCGGGUCAUAAUCCCGCUGACUGCGCCUCUCGUGGUCUAUCGGUGUCACAGCUGCUUCAACAUACCCUUUGGUGGCACGGCCCUUCCUGGCUUAUACAAGCUCCUAAUGAGUGGCCAGAAAGUAAGCCUACGGUCCCGAAGGAAGCUGAAGCAGAAGUUAAAAUUAAUAUCAGCAUGUUACACGUUCAAUCGGAGACGGAAUGGGAUCUGCCAAUGCGCACAUCUUCAUGGCGAAAACUUUUACGCAUCACCGCGUACGUUUUCCGAUUUACCUCGCGAAAUAAAGGGAAUCGCUAUUCAGACACGGUUAUUACCGCGGCUGAGAUCCUCGCGGCGCGUAAAUUCUGGAUCACGUACGUCCAGACUCGGCAUUAUCGACGGGAAAUAGCGGCUAUGCUUAAGGGCGAAUCCCUGUUAAAAGCUAGCCCGUUACUUCGGCUUAAUCCGUUUCUUGGCGAAGAUGGUACUGUCCGUGUUGGCGGGCGGUUGCGCAACUCAGAACUUCCGCAACGCUUUCCGAUAAUAUUACCGGUGCAUCGAAUCACCGAACUCAUCAUCGCUGAUUGUCACGAGAACACGUUACAUGGGGGCACGCAGUUAAUGUUAAAUGUUUUACGGCAAACGUUUUGGAUCGUCAACGCGCGACGGCUAGUUAAAGGCCACAUUCACAAAUGCGUCACGUGCGUGCGUUGGCGGGCGGUCACCGCAAGUCAACAAAUGAGCGACUUACCUGCGGUGAGAGUCACUCCAUCUCGAGCGUUCGUCCAUUGCGGCCUGGAUUACGCAGGACCGUUCUCUGCUCUCGCGUAUCGUGGACGUGGGCAAAGGGCGCAAAAGGUUUACAUCGCUCUUUUUGUUUGUUUGGCGACUCGCGCUAUCCACCUCGAAUUGGUGCGCGACUACUCCACUUCAGCGUUUCUAGCAGCAUUUGAACGCUUCACGUCUCGCCGCGGAUUGCCUACGAAUUUAUAUAGCGAUAAUGGGACUAAUUUCCAAGGCGCUAAUAAAGAAUUAAUGAACGCAUUUAAACAAGUAACGGCAGACACUCACCUUCGUUCGCGUUUAGCUGCCGAUUAUAUCACGUGGCACUUUAUUCCGCCGGCAGCUCCUCAUUUUGGAGGAAUCUGGGAGGCAGGGGUCAAAAGCGUUAAGACCCAUCUGCGACGCAUGCUCGGCGAUCGUACGCCUACUUGCGAGGAACUAAUUACGCUCCUCUGCCGCAUCGAGGCAUGUUUAAAUUCACGCCCUUUGGCUCCUUUAAACGAUGACCUCGAGUCAUGUGAGGCCCUCACUCCAGGUCACUUUCUCGUGGGCGCAGCAUUAAAAUCUGUUCCGGUGCCAUCAGUACUGGAAAUUAACGAGAAUCGCUUAUCGAGAUGGCAACUCGUUCAACAGCUCACGGAAAAGUUCUGGAAAGCAUGGGCUAACGAUUACUUACACACAUUACAGGCGCGAUCGAAGUGGUGUAGUCGCGUCCCCAACCUCAAAAUCGGGGACUUAGUUCUACUCAAGAGCUCGACGCUUCCCCCGGCGAAAUGGGAACUAGGUCGGGUGACCGAAUGUCAUCCUGGUAAAGACGGCCUCAUUCGUGUAGUCACCGUAAAGACUGCACAUUCGCAAUAUGUACGUCCGAUCGCUAGGUUAUGUAAGUUACCGAUUAGCCAUUAA